AUGUACCGCGAGUACCGCAUACGCAGGCUGUUGUGGACCUCGUCGGAGCAGCUUCUGCAGCUUGCAGCGUCGAACACUUCAAGUCUAAACGCUUCCGUGAUUACCAAUGGAACCUCACCGCAUUUGACGGAACCUGCUCCCUUGAAUGGAUUUGGCCCAUUAAUCUCAUUCUUUCUUUCGAUCUCUGCUCUGAGAGACUGGGCGAAGCUUUUGAUCAUUGGUAGCUUCUUUGAGACCUGCCGGCGCCUCCUUGCCACAGUCUGGUCAUCCACGAUCGAUUCUUUCUUUCUCAGCGCAUCAUUUGAGGAUCACGAUGACAGUUACAAAUGGAUGAUGAUCUGGCUAUCGAAGCAACCAUCCUGGAAGAAUGUGCGCAACGUAAAUAUCAGCACUGGCGAAAGGUUUUCGGGGAACGUCCCCAAUUCCGAAGGAGAGCCUGAUUCAUCCGGGAUGCCCAAAGUCUCUUACCUGCCAGCACUCUCUGGGUCUUAUACCCUAUGGUACAAAUACAGAUGGAUGCGGAUCACCCGUGUCUCGGAGCCAAUACCUGGUUGGGGCCCGAACCACAGGGACUCAUUGAAUAUCAGCAUCUUCACGCGCAAUCAUGACAUUCUGAACACUAUCCUACAAGACGCCAAAAAGGCCUAUCAGGAUGCGCAAGGCAGCUCCAUUACUGUCUAUGUUUCUGAUUCCUCGAAUUCCUGGAGAGAACUUGCUACAAGACGCAAGCGACCUCUGGAUUCUAUUAUCCUAGAUCCUGGAAUCCGGGAACUUGUCGUCGAGGACGCGCAAGAUUUCCUUGCCAGUAAAGGGUGGUAUGCUGAACGAGGAAUUCCUUUCCGUCGUGGUUACUUGCUGUAUGGUGCACCUGGCUCAGGGAAAACGUCUCUGAUUCAUAGCAUCGCGGGCGAACUAGAACUUGAUGUCUUCAUCAUCUCCCUCUCCCGCAGCGGCCUUGACGACACUGGACUUUCAGAACUCAUUUCAGAUUUGCCUGAGAGAUGCAUUGCUCUCAUGGAAGACAUUGACGCUGCUCUCCAUAACAGUCUUUCGCGGGAGGACGCUCCCACACCACCCAGCCAAACUGCCGAGCUCAUCCCCAGCUCUCCGAGGACGCCCACUCACACUACUAGCAGGGUUUCGCUCAGCGGUCUACUCAAUGCAUUGGAUGGCAUUGGUGCACAAGAGGGGCGGAUACUGUUCGCUACGACGAACAAGUAUUCGUCCCUUGACCCUGCUCUAUGUCGUCCUGGACGUAUGGACCUUCAUGUUGAAUUUAAGCUUGCGAGCAGAUAUCAGGCAGACGAGUUGUUCAAACGUUUCUACCUUCCAUCCUCCCCCAAGACCCCCGCAUAUGACGACCAAGAACCGAAAUCGAAUCCUGCUCAGUCGCAUCCUACUGGCUCCAUACGUGACGGAGGUUCCACUAACCUAAUUGAUCUUGGCGCCCCAGACGAUACCGCCGACUCCCCUCCCUCAUCUCCUCCAGCCUGUUCUGAGAAAUCUGAGCGCGCAGCUCCCACGUACACAGGCACGCGCCACCGUGGACAUGCACCAAAGCUCUCGAGCGAUCAGCUUUCUGCGCUUGCUGCACAGUUUGCGUCAGCUAUUCCGGAACGUGAGGUGUCGAUGGCUGUUCUGCAAGGUUAUUUGAUGUCGCAGAAGAGUAGGCCCCGGGAGGCGGCCAGAGAGGUUUCUGCUUGGCUUCAAAAGGAGCUGGCAACAAAGAAAGCCCAAAAUGACACAAAGUCAUGA